AUGCCCCCGUCAGAUGACUGGCCCAAGAACCAGAUGUCCAAGCGUCAACAGAAGAAGCAGGUGCUGCGGGAAGCACGACAAGAGCGGAAGGGCGCCAAGAAGGCCCUGAAGCAGGUUCAAUCCUUGAGCUCGGUGCUUCAGAGCUUAGAUGAGCUGCUGGCGGCUCAUUUGGGAUCCUCGAUGCCCCGUGCUACGGCGCUGGAGAAGGUCUUUGGAGCUACGCAGGCGUAUGAGAUGCUGGAAAUGGCGCAUGGACCAGCAGUUGAGGAAGGCUUGGCCUUGUUGGGAGCGUCGGUGGUGCGACCAGAGAAGUACAACGCAAAGUUCCUGCCACAGGAAUAUUCGCUCCUUCACAAGAUUUGGACGUUGCUGGGGCCCGACAGCUCCUCUGCUGGGGUGCUGGACAUCGGCGCGGGGAACGCCAACUGCGCGGUGCUGGCAGCAGCGCUUUUGGGUUUGACGGUGAUUUGCGUGGAACGGGAGUCACCCCGCAUCGAGCUGCGCGCUGAGGAGCUGCUGCCGCCCUCGCUGAGGGCAAAGGUGCGGCGCUUGGAGAUGGACAUCGCCGAGCUCGACGUGGCGACCUUAAAGGCUCUCGCGAAGGAGUAUGGCCUCCAGCGCUUCGUCCUCGUGGCGAAGCACCCCUGUGGCAUCGGAGUGGAUCGCUCCAUCGACUGCGCGCUGCAGCUCGUCGACGCACCCGAGGACGUGGAUCUGAUGGGCGUGGUGAUCGCCACCUGCUGCAGUAACAAGCUGAGCCUGGAUGAUUUCCGAGAAUCGCGCGUCCAGGAGUUCUGCGAUCUCAACUCGAGGCCCUUGGCGCACCCGCCUCAGGACUUGGUGAAGGCCGUGGAGCUCAUGAGCAAAUGCACCGCCUGGCGCUCGGCCGCACAGAGCCUGGGGAACGCCAUCAGCGACGAACAGAUCACGUACGCUCAGAUCUUCGAGGAUCACCUGCAAGCCUUGCGAGUACAGAAGCUGGCGCAGGCCUUCGGUGCGGCCAAGGAGGUCCGUUUCGCACCAAGGAGCUGUACCUUGCAGGACCGCUGUUUGAUCGGCUGUCCAGAUCUGGACCUCCCUUCCGAAGGCUUCCUGGAACGCCUCCGCGAGGGAGUUCAGGACUUCCUGCGACUGAAUGGCGGACCCAUGGAUUGCAGGAGACCCGGGGCCCAAGGGACUCAAGUCCAGCAAGUACGACUUCGACUACUCCGAAGACUGCUGAGCACAGAUCCUCGCACCUGCGCACCCCUCCCAUCCCAAGUGACCAGCACGGCACAGACGUGGUCACAACGCGCCUAUGUGACCUGGGACCACGACACGACCUGGUCACCGCAGCUGGACUGGUGGGGUUUCUUCAGCGUCGAAUCUGCUUUGAAGCGUCGAAGAUGCCGAUGUUGGGAGUCUGCAUCCGGGCAGAUCUCGUUGGCCCUUCGGAGGCGAUUUACGGUUCGCGACACGAACCGUGGGCUCCUGGCGGGCACCUGGCAGGAGGUUGGCAGCGACGACAAAGGCGCGGAGACCGAUCCCAAGAAGAACAGCUUUCUGAUCAGCUCCGUGCGCGGCCGGGGCCGCUCCCGGAGCCGGGCGUCGCUGAGCCGCGCGUCGCGGGGCGAGGCGCGCAGCCGCAGCCGCAGUGGAAGUGCCAGGCCUCGCGCACGUCCCAUUUGCUUCAAGGUGGAGCAGCGCUUCCGAGCUUUGAGGUUUCCGGAGAUCCAGCGGACCCUGCGGGCUGCCUUGCGGGCGCGCGCCGGUGGGCUUGGGCUCAUCACUUACAGCAAGCAGGGCUGUCACUUAGAUCCACCAGAGGGAGAGCCUUGGCCUGCUCCAGAUCAAGAGGAUCACUCCGACCGCGGUCAGGAUGAGGCGCCCAAAGCUGAUGCGCCCGAAGCAGGCCCCAAUGCGGAGUUCCUGGUGCUGAGAGCCCUGGGAGGGAGCCAUGCCCAGAUCGCAGAGCUGUGUAAACGAGCAGAUGAGGAGAUGAUUGGCCUUUACUGCAAAGAUCCAGCGGGACUGUACUUGUUAGCCUUCUCUUCGAGCAGCUCUCGCGUCGCGGAGCAUUUGCUCGAGGAAGGCCAUGGUGUGAGACCUUCCAUAGAGGUCACAGGUGAGCCUGCACCAACGACCUUGGCAGCAGCCGGGCUCAGCAGCUUGAGUGACCUGCAUUGGUCGAAAGGAUCGAUCCACUUGAUCGAGACCUGUGCUGGCCUUUGGGUGGAGGAGGAGCUCCAUCUGGAUGGAGGUGAGGAGUCCAAGCCAGAGACCUCGGCGCUGCGGCUGGCCAGGCGGAUCCGCCUCAUCAGCCGCCGGGGGCUGUUGGCCGAGGUGCACUUUGCAGAGCCCUAUCGCGCGGUCGCGGGCUGCCUCGCCCUGGAGCCCGCCACAGAUGCAGACCAGGUGGGCGACAAGGUCUGCGUGUGUCGUAAGAUUGCCGUCGACACCGAGCCCGGCCGCGUAGCGACACGGCAUCUCUCAGAGGUGAGCAAGGAUCAGAUGCUGGAUCUUCCUGACGGCGACGUGCCAGGCUUCACCUGGCGCCGGAUCUCCCAAGACGAGAUGCCGGUCGCUGCAGCGGAGCUGCUCAUGGAGCAGGCGGCCGGCCCCGGCUCGAAGCCGCCGGUGUGUGGUUUGCGCGCGGGAGUUUGGAUUGUCUGCGGUGACGUGUCGCUCCAGGUCUUAGGGCCGCCACGCGGAGAGGGGUUCAUUGGUGCCACCCUGUGCAUGAGCAUGGAACAGUUGAAGCGGAUCCAGGAACCUCAGACCUUGGAGGAGGAACUCCAGGGACGCUAUGAGGCCUCCACCGGCCUCAUCGUGGAGAAGGGCUGCAUCCGCCGCGACCGCGGCGUCGGCCGCGCGGCAGAGGCCAAGGGACCUCUCUUGUGUGGCGCCGGCGUCAACAACAACGAUCCGGGUUUUAAGACAGUGAGCAUCCUCUACAGCACCGGACUGAUGACGAAGGGCGGCAGCAUUACCUUGGACAGUGGCACCUUCAACCAAGUGUGGCGCAUUCGUGAGCUCGAGGACAACCCCUUUGACAGCCCAAGCUUGCGUGCUGCGCGGAAAGUCCCGGCGGUAGGCCGCGCAGCUGGCCCUGCCUCAGCAGUGGCAAGGGUGGCCUCGAGUUUCUCUCCCAAGGGCAAGGGCAAAGGCAAGGGCAAGUCCGGUAAGGGGCGUGGAAGCCGUGCGCCGGUGUCUGCCGCUCCAGCACGGCAGGCAGUGCCCGCCUUUCGCGCGCCCUUGGGCUCGUGGCCAGCGACCCGAUCACUCACCGUCUAUGGAGCCCUUCCAUCGCCUGUGGUCCGAGGAGGAGCCCUCAGCUUUGCUCCCCGACCCCGGCUGGGCAGUCGGCCACCGGGACGACCGCUGUCCUCCUUGCAGGCUGAGCUUCAUGCUCCAGGUCGCCCCGGCCCGCCCCGGCGAGAACCGGCGCCCCGGCGAGAACCGGAACCGGUGCGGCGGGGUGUGACGUUGAGCUCCGGGCCGGGGCACCGGCGGCGCAGCCGCAGUGUCUCCAGGCGUAAGGAGCUCCGGUCGCCAGGCUACAGAGAUGCCCCGAAGACGCAUGGCACGCCCAAGUUCGACCGGCACCGGAGCCGAUCGAACCGCGGCAAGCGCUCACGAAGCAGGAGCCGCGGCGGUCGGCGUGGGGCACGGAAGAACUGA